GCCAGGCCCCGCGGCAGCCCGCCGCCAGCCAGCUUCGGGUGCCGGCCCGCGCUCGACCUUGCCUGUUCGCCCGCUCGGGAUGGCCGGCUACCUGCGGGUCGUGCGUUCGCUCUGCGGAGCCUCCGGUUCUGGGCCGGCCUGGGUGCCGGCGGCCCUGACCGCCCCGAACUUUCAGGAGCAGCCGCGGCGCCACUAUGCCGACAAGAGGAUCAAGGUGGCAAAGCCGGUGGUGGAGAUGGAUGGCGAUGAGAUGACCCACAUUAUCUGGCAAUUCAUCAAGGAGAAGCUCAUUCUGCCCCAUGUGGAUGUCCAGCUCAAGUAUUUCGAUCUUGGGCUCCCAAACCGUGACCAGACCAAUGACCAGGUCACCGUCGACUCUGCGUUGGCCACCCAGAAGUACAGUGUGGCUGUCAAGUGUGCCACCAUCACUCCUGACGAGGCCCGUGUGGAAGAGUUCAAACUGAAGAAGAUGUGGAAGAGUCCCAACGGGACCAUCCGGAACAUCCUCGGGGGGACCGUCUUCCGGGAGCCCAUUCUGUGCAGAAACAUUCCACGCCUUGUCCCCGGCUGGAUCAAGCCCAUCACCAUUGGCCGGCAUGCCCACGGCGACCAGUACAAGGCCACAGACUUUGUGGCUGACCGGGCAGGCACGUUCAAGAUGGUCUUCAGCCCGAAGGAUGGCAGCAGUGCCAAGGAGUGGGAGGUGUACAACUUCCCUGCUGGCGGCGUGGGCAUGGGCAUGUACAACACCGAUGAGUCCAUCUCGGGUUUUGCGCAUAGCUGCUUCCAGUACUCCAUCCAGAAGAAGUGGCCACUGUAUAUGAGCACCAAGAACACCAUUCUGAAAGCCUAUGACGGGCGCUUUAAGGACAUCUUCCAGGAGAUCUUUGACAAGCACUAUAAGACUGAGUUUGACAAGAAUAAGAUCUGGUAUGAGCACCGGCUCAUUGACGACAUGGUGGCUCAGGUUCUCAAGUCUUCAGGCGGCUUCGUGUGGGCCUGCAAGAACUACGAUGGAGAUGUGCAGUCAGACAUCCUGGCCCAGGGCUUUGGCUCCCUUGGCCUGAUGACCUCUGUGCUGGUCUGCCCGGAUGGGAAGACCAUCGAGGCAGAGGCUGCUCAUGGGACGGUCACCCGCCACUACCGGGAGCACCAAAAGGGCCGGCCUACCAGCACCAACCCUAUCGCCAGCAUCUUUGCCUGGACACGUGGCCUGGAGCACCGAGGGAAGCUGGACGGGAACCAGGACCUCAUCAGGUUCGCCCAGUCUCUGGAGAAGGUGUGCGUUGAGACAGUGGAGAGCGGAGCCAUGACCAAGGACCUGGCAGGUUGCAUCCAUGGCCUCAGCAAUGUGAAGCUGAAUGAGCACUUCCUGAACACCACGGACUUCCUGGACGCCAUCAAGAGUAACCUGGACAAGGCGCUGGGCAAGCAGUAGGAGGUGUGGGAACCAGUGCCGAGGUGGACCUGACGAAGCCAGGCAGGCAGCAGGCCUGGGCCCUCCUGACUUGCGGCCCCACUCCUGGAGCCUGGCCAGGGGACAUUUUUUAUAAGCAAGAUGUUUUUAAAAGUGUCUGUUUCCCCUCAUGGUGUCAUGAGGCGGGAACAGCGUGUUUUACCUCAGCCAGUCGGUAUGUUUUGCAUACUGUAAUUUAUAUUUUGCCCUUGGAACACAUGGUGCCAUAUUUAGCUACUAAAAAGCUCUUCACGAAACUGUCUGCUGUGUGUGUCCCUGAGGGGAAGGCAGCUAGGGCGAGGAGGCAGAGCUGGUAGAGAGAUGGACAGGAGUGCCUCGGCCACAGCAGCCGUUCCUAGGCCCCGUCCAGCCGAGGGGCCACCACAGGCAGAGGGGAUUCUCUUCCUGCUUCUGCAAGAAGCAGCUAGAGGAGCCACUGGCACUCAAGACACAGGCCUGUUGAUUCCCUGGAAUUUUCUAGCAUGGCCCAGUCCCUAUGUCCUAUUAUCCAUUUUGAGACUAUAUCACCCUCCCAAUAGAUUGUUUUUUGUUGUAGGUUUUAACCUUCUAAAUACUUCUAGACCCCUGUAUUUGCCUGUACUAAAAACUGUUCCUACCCAGCA